AUGAACCGACUGUUCUCGCCGGAUUCGUCCGUCAAUUCUCUCCAAGGCACCGAACUGACUCCGGAUCAAGAAGCGCACCUGUCCAAGUUACUCGACAACUUCGACAGCAUCUUCAGUGAAGUUCCUGGAAAACUGGUAGGACCACCAGCGAAAGUUCAUCUGAAGCCCGGAGUAACUCCUGUUUUCGCGAGGGCACGGGACGUACCUCUCGCCCUACGCGAUCGUUACGCAGCGGAGAUCGACAAGAAACUGGCAUCUGGUUUCUACGAGAAGGUGGAUUAUUCUGAGUGGGCAUCGCCGACCCAUAUCGUCAUGAAGAAGAACGGAAGCAUUCGGAUCACCGGAAACUACAAGCCAACCGUCAACCCAAGGAUGAUCAUCGACGAACAUCCGAUACCGAAGGUCGAAACGCUGUUCAACAGGAUGAAGGGAGCAACGCUGUUUUGUCAUCUGGACGUCACCGAUGCCUACACGCACCUCCCAAUCGACGAUGAGUUUCGCCAUGUGCUCACCCUCAACACGACGACGCAUGGGCUCAUUCGUCCUACGAGAGCCGUAUACGGAGCUGCAAAUAUACCGGCUAUUUGGCAGCGACGAAUGGAAUCCGUCCUUCAAGGGUUGGACAACGUCGUUAGCUUCUACGACGACGUCAUCGUUUUCGCCAAGAACUUCGACGAGCUGCUGCUGGCCCUAACCGCUACGAUGGACAGGAUGAAGCAAAACGGUCUGCGGCUCAACCGAUCAAAAUGUAUCUUCGCUACGUCAUCGCUCGAAUGUUUGGGUCACCGCAUCGAUUGUCAAGGUCUACACAAAUCGGACAAACACAUCGAAGCCAUUCGGGAUGCCCCACGACCGGCUACUCCGGAGGAUCUACAGCUGUUCUUAGGUAAGGCUACAUACUAUUCAUCCUUCAUUCCCAAUCUAUCUUCAAGAGCACGAAGUUUGCGCAACAUGUUGCUUGCCGACCCGUUCGAAUGGACACCCGAAGCAGACAGGGCCUACCGAGACUUGAAACAGGUUCUGGUCUCCCCGCAAGUCCUGAUGCAAUACGACCCAGCGCUGCCACUGAUCCUAGCAACGGACGCCAGCAAGACUGGUCUCGGUGCCGUGUUGUCUCACCGUCUGAGCAACGGAACCGAGCGGCCGAUCGCAUACGCCAGCUGCACCAUGUCUAACACCGAGCAACGGUACCCCCAAAUCGACAAAGAGGCGCUCGCGAUUGUGUGGGCGGUGAAGAAGUUCUUCCACUACCUGUAUGCACGAAACUUCACGCUGAUCACGGAUCACAAGCCGCUGACGCAAAUCCUGCACCCCGAGAAAUCCCUCCCGACGCUGUGUAUCAGUCGGAUGGCAAACUACGCUGACUACCUGGCUCACUUCGACGUAGUGUAUAAGCCGACGAGUCAGAACACGAACGCCGACUACUGUUCCCGGAUCCCAAGCAAAUCGACCCAAUCGGACGUCAGUUGUCUUUCUCUUCACGAGGGAAGAAAUAUCGAGGACGAAUUCGACCAGUUUGUCCUUCGCCAAGUUCAGCAGCUGCCAGUGCGAGCCGAACACAUCGCACGUGAGACGCGAAAGGAUCCCCACCUCGGAAAGAUCGUCAAAGAGCUAGAGUUAGGUCGAAAUCUGGCGCAGUCUGGGUACAAGGCCCCCGAAGCGAAAUACUCCCUGGCUGCCAACUGUCUACUCUUCGAGCACCGUGUCGUCAUACCAGCCACUCUCCGGGAAGCGAUCCUAAACGACCUUCACGUGGCACACAUCGGCGUCGUGAAAAUGAAAGGGCUAGCUCGUUCGUAUGUCUACUGGCCUGGUAUAGAUUCGGACAUCGAGAAGACAGCAAAAUCCUGCACCGAAUGCGCACGACAUGCCCCAGCACCCCCGAAGUUCAGCAGCCAUCACUGGGAGUACCCAAACGGUCCCUGGGAGCGUAUACACGUCGAUUACGCUGGCCCAGUGGCGGGCGCAAUGUUGCUUAUCGUCGUCGACGCGUAUAGCAAGUGGGUCGAAGUGAAAAUCACCAACUCGACUACUGCUGCUGCCACAAUCAAUCUUCUCGAUGGUUUAUUCGCCGCCUACGGAGCUCCAGUGACGGUGGUGUCGGACAACGGUCCGCAAUUCACUGCCGAAGAGUUCAAGUCGUUCCUCCAGCGCAGCGGGGUGAAGUACCACAAACUUUCCGCACCCUAUCAUCCGGCUACGAACGGUCAGGCCGAGCGCUAUGUGCAAACAGUCAAGAAGGCACUGAAAGCGAUGGGAACGACGAACCACACUCUGCAAGCCAACACUAACGAGUUCCUGCAGCAGUACCGCAAAUCUCCUCACGCCGAAACCGGAGAAUCACCAGCAAAGCUCUUCCUGGGUAGAAACAUCCGAACACGACUGGAUCUUCUGAGGCCGCAGGAUGCCAGCAAGCGAGUGGGUGAAAAACAGCGAGCAUCGUUCGAUUCCACGUUCCGUUCCUUCACGCCGGGACAGCGAGUCUACUGCCUUUCUGGAAAUGCCCGGAUGGACAAGUGGAUCCCCGGAAUUGUUGCUGCUCGUCUGGGAGAUUUGCACUACGAGAUAGAGCACGAAGAUUAG